AUGGUCAAGAAGAGAAAGAACAACGGCCGAAACAAGAAGGGCCGCGGCCACGUCAAGCCCAUCCGCUGCAGCAACUGCUCGCGAUGCACGCCCAAGGACAAGGCAAUCAAGAGAUUCACCAUCCGCAACAUGGUCGAGUCUGCCGCCAUCCGUGAUAUCUCGGAUGCCUCCGUCUUCUCCGAGUACACGGUUCCCAAGAUGUACCUCAAGCUGCAGUACUGCGUCUCGUGUGCCAUUCACGGCAAGAUCGUCCGUGUCCGUUCGAGAGUUGGCCGGCGCAACCGUGCUCCUCCCCCGCGUGUGCGAUACAACAAGGAUGGCAAGAAGGUGACUCCCACUCAGACCGCCAAGGUGGCCGGGGCUUAA